GUAGAUGAAGAUCGAAGGAAGUGCAUAAAAUCGGAAUUAAUACUUCCAAGAAGCGCUGUUAUGGCCUACAAGAACUUGGAAUAUAAAGCACGUUAUUUCAUUUAAAGCCGGGAAGUUGAUCGUUCCUGAUUUUUCCUACCGCACUUUGGGCCGUUUCGAAAGUUAUAUACUUGAACACUUUGUGUGUUCUAUGAACCAUGCCGUCGAAUGUUGAUAUUCAGGGGAGGAACAGCGAACAACUGACAGUCGAGACUGAGCCAAAAGUUGAGAAGUUAAAGCGACAUCACGAGAGGCAACCGAAAUUGCCUUUUCUGCCGUAUGUAAAGUGCGCGGUGGCUGGUUUUCUUAGCUUAUUGUUCCUAGUCUGUGGCGUGUUCAGCAAACUGUCCCUGUUGGCUGUUGCGAAAUGUAGUGUUGACGACAGCGCCAAGCGGGGCAGGCGAUACAUCAUGCUUGUUUUGAUCUUAAUGAUACCACAAUUUCUUUGCCUCGUCUCCGCAGCCUGGGGUAGUUUGGGGAAGAAGAAGUGCCCAUGGCCUACGAAAAAAGCCAUUUUAUUCUCUGUUGGAUUCAGUCUCCUUGAAGUUAUUGGUUUGUCUUUCUUCACAAUGGUUGCAUUAACAUCGGAGCGACUCAGCGCAAGCGAAUUGAUUGCCGUUAUGACCUGCGUUUGCGUGGCGUCGAUAUGGUGGCAAACAUUGAAGUCGCAUCAAAGAGAAGUGCUGAACUCCGCUGUGAGAAGAUCGUUGUCUAUUGUCUGCGGAGUGCUGCAGCUGGGUGCUUUUGCUGUUCUGAUUUUUGUGACGAAUGACCUACGAGCUAAAGACUUCGGAUACUGCCUUAUUCCACUACUCUUCAUCUCAGUAGCCUGGUUACCGAAGAUAAGAAAAAUCCAAUCUCAACCCAGAGCAAGUCCAAUGGGUUUAGAGGAUGAAAAUAGCAACAUUAAUGAAGAUAUUCUGGAGAGUGAAGACCUUAUGGCGCAUCCUGGACAAUUUCUGCGUUUAAAAACAGCCCGGAAGAGAGCGACGAUGAUAAGCGAAUUUGUGAAGCUCCUCGCAACACCAUUCAUUACCUAUUUGGUGACGUGGUUGUUUCACGAUGUAGAGGGAUUCGAUCUUUUGGGCGGUUUCAAAUAUCUGGGCGAAAUGCACGAUCAAGUAUUCGCCUAUUUCCUGACAAACAUUUUCAUCAGUUUUCUCGGCUACAUUCUUGGUAUUAUCGCCUGCUCGAUGGCCUUACAGAAAAUCAGUUUUGCUUUCCCGAUCACCUUAAUGACGCCUAUAAGUUUUUUCAUUGCUCUCGGCUGCGAAAAGAUAUGGUCAUAUGAUUGGCUAUUCGAUCACAAACCACCGCCAGUUAGCGACAGACAACUAAUUGUGGCUUGCUGUGUGUGCUGUGCCGCAUUUGUAGGGCAGUUCGCAUCCACGACAUACUACAUCUGGCGAUCUCAAGAUUUCAUUAUGGCAAAAGAAAGUCAGUUGUUUUGGGUACCCACCUAUAAUGCUGUCCUCCUAGAACAGAGCCUGCUCUUAAAUCGUAAAAACGAAAUGACAGACGAAUAUUUCGUGAACCAAAACAAACUAGCGAAGGACAGCUGUAUUUUCAUCUGCACGACAAUGUACCACGAAGCUGACUACGAAAUGGAACAAUUGCUACAUUCCAUACGUCGUGUCGACAUCGCCAGGCAGCGAAGUAUGAGAAGAAUCGAAUCACAUAUCUGGUUCGAUGGCGCCGUUAAAAGAAAUACCCUCAACAGUUACGUUCUCCAACUGAUAUCUCUGGUGAACAAGACACUCAAUGUAAAAGUUGGCGCUUGUACAAAAUUGGAAACACCUUAUGGCAUGGAGCUAAGGUGGCGCCUACCAGGUGGCAUGAAUUUUCACAUUCAUUUAAAAGACAAUGUUAAGGUGAAAAACAAGAAACGAUGGAGUCAAGUCAUGUACAUGUCUUACGUUCUGGAUUUCAGAAUGAAACAACUGAAUGCCCUUGAAGAUGACACAUACAUCCUCACGACAGACGCGGACAUUCGAUUUGACGUGGACUCGGUCGAGGCCCUCCUGGAUUUGUUGAUGCGUGAUCCCAACGUCGGCGCCGUGUGUGGUCGAACACAUCCCUUGGGGCAUGGGCCAAUGGUCUGGUAUCAAAUGUUUGAUUACGCAAUCGGUCAUUGGCUACAGAAGGUAGCCAAUCAUGUUUUGGGUUCGGUCCUCUGCUGUCCGGGAUGCUUCAGCGUGUAUAGAGCUAAGGCUUUGAGGGAUGUCUUGUCCUUGUAUUCAUCUUCUGCAGAUCGUGCUAUUGAUUUUCUCACCAAGGAUAUGGGCGAAGACCGCUGGUUGUGCACUCUGCUGGUUCAGGCUGGAUGGCGUCUGGAGUACUGCGCAGCCGCAGAGAACUUCACGUACGUUCCUGACGACUUUGACGAGUUCUUCAAACAACGGCGUCGGUGGAUCCCAUCGACCCUUGCGAACUUAGCGUUGCUGAUCAGUGAAUCGGACAUCACCACAAAGAACAACGAUUCGAUGUCGUUCCCAUUCAUCUUGUAUCAAGCUGCUAAUGUAUUUGCGACCCUUAUCAGUCCAGCGACAGUUAUCCUUAUCAUGGUCGGUGGCUUGCAAUAUGGCUGGAAAUCGGACCCAACUGCUUCGUUAGUUAUUUUGCUGAUCAUUACCUUCGGCUAUGGAUUAUUGUGUUUAUACACGUCUCAGGACUUUCAGCUGUUGGCAGCGAGAGUCUUAACGUUAAUUUUCUCGUUAAUUAUGAGUGCUGCAUUUAUUGGCGUCCUAAUAAUUUUGGUUGCGAGUCCCGAAGGAGAGUCAAAACCUACCAGUAAGCCAGCAACAACAUCCUAUCCUCCUCUUCGGCCGACAAGAAAUAAGACGAAACUGGAAGGAAAUCAGUUUGCCUUACCUACACGAUUCAAUCAAGAUCUUUUCAUUCUUUCAAAGAAACACGGGAAGCUGUUAUUUAGAAAACCUGAGUUUUUUGCCAGCAAGAACAACUCAAACGGUACCAAUCCCAAACACAAAAAGGAAGAAAGUGUUUUUUAUGAUUUUCCCGUUUCUUCGUGGUAUUUUUUUGGGCUUCUCGCCGUCUUCUUUAUUACGGCAGCAUGCCAUCCGACCGAAAUAGGGUGUUUAGUUCAUGGGGUCUGGUACCUGCUCUGUCUUCCUUCUGGAUAUCUAUUCCUCAUUGUAUAUUCCAUAUGUAAUCUCACAGAUCGGUCUUGGGGGACACGGGAAAACAAGGUGAAAACAGCCAACGACGAAUCGCUAACGAAAAUUAUCACGGAUAAAUUGAAAUGGUUGUGUCGAGGCUGUAAGGAUCCCGUGCAAGAACCAGCAGCACAACCAAUUCCGCCUGUUAAUGAUAUAAACAGUAACGAUGAAUCGUCAACAGAGUCCGACAAUCCACCUCCUCCGAAAUCGAAAGGUGAAGAGAAAGAAGGGGACAUCGAGGACGAUGAAACGACGAGCGCUGAGAGUGGCGAAAGCAGUUCAUCUUUACUGCAUUCUCCUUAUUCUCCUUCUUCGCACAAACCAAUGAAAUCCGCGUUGAAGAAAAUCUCACGACCUGCGAGCCCAGCAGCAUUCCGUUUUCCUGGCGAAGAUGGUAAAAGGAGUGUUCAUUUCCAAGCGAAACUGCCAACAUUCAAGACGCAUAUCUUAGCAUCCGAGUGGCUCGACGGUAAAAUGAAACAAUACAUACCUAACUUUGAAGAAAAUGGAUAUGACGAUACCAGUUUUAUCUCCGGGAUGACGGAACAGGAACUUAAGGAUAUUGGAAUCGAGACACGAGGACAUCGCAAAAAACUCUUACGUGAGAUUGAACAACUGCCUGUCGUCGAGUUAGACAACAAUGUUCCGGACAACGUUGACAUUUGGUUAACAGAUCUGGGUCUCCACGAGUACUGGUUGAACUUCAAGAGGAACAGUUAUGACAAUCCGAAAGCAUUGGAGGAUCUGAAAGUUAUGAAUCAAUCCGACCUGAAUACACUCCUUAACGAUGAUUUUGAGAUUUGGAAAAGUGGGCACGUCAAGAAAUUGACACUGGCUAUUCGCAGGCUCCAGUAUCCGAGUGCAAUUGAACGAAAGAUUCGUGAGGCAAGGUUAACUUUGAACAGGGUACCUUUGAGAUCCCUCAAAGACGAUAAUGAUGGCAUUGAGCACGAGUUCUGGACGAGACUCCGCGAACUUCGCCUUCUACCCGAAUCCAAAGCGUUCGGGCAGUACUCGGAGCUUGCCGACAAACUCGCCGAGCUGCGUAAUUCCGUCGUGGUGUGCUUGGUGGUCGCAAAUCUGGUAUGGAUAAUUUUAAUAUUCACAUUGACACUAAGGACCCAACUUAAUGUUGCCGACACCAAUCCACUAGGUCUUGGUUUUCUAAUUGUUUUUGGCGUCAUACUUGUGAUUCAGUUUAUAACGAUGCUUUGGCAUCGAGUGUCGACCGUGUUGCAUUUCGUAGCGCGGGCGCCAUUCCGCGCAGGCGAGGCCAGCCUAAAGGGCUGGGCGUUUGACGAUGACGACCUUCCCCCAGCGCCCAGCGAUGAAGAGCUGCGCAAAAUUCGCGCGAAGAGGAUACGGCAAAGCAAAAAAUGGCGAUCACAGGAAUCACUUCUGAAAAGUGGAGAACACACACCGCUGCUGAGUAAUUCAAGACUCGGUUCAACCUACAGUGACGUCUCAUCGUCAAGAUCUAAAAGUCCACAUCCGGUUUGAAUACUGGGAUCAGUGCACCACUGAUAUGAGAGAAAAACUGGAUAGUCCAUCACACGAUCCAUCGUGAACAUAGAAACCAAUGUUGACAUUAAAUUUUUUCAAAUUGAGAAAUAAUUCAAGGUGCAUGCUUGUUUUAAAUUAUUAUUUUAAACUCUUGCCAACGUAUUUAAUAAAUCGUAGUCAACUCCAAAAUACACAAUUCUGAUUGGCCGAUUCUGUCACUCUAACUACAGAAUGUAUCAAAAAAGUGCAAACACAUGUCAGUGCUAAUAGGCUGCUUCUUGUUUUUUUUCAAAUUGUAAUAGAAAAUUCAAAUAUUCUAGAAAAGUGCUAAUUAGAAGAUUUAAAUUAGAAAUUAGAUAUUUUAUGAUAUUUCUACGAAAUUUUAUUCUAGCUUCUAUAGAGGAAUCAC